AUGGCUACCAACUCUUUCCGUGACUCUGUCAACUCGCUAGGGUGGUCGCGCAGAGACCCGGAUUUUCCCGUCCGUACUAAUGCUUCCUCUGAGACCCCGUUCCUUUCGCGGCUACAAUCCAUGAACCCGUUUGGCCAGGGUGGCUAUGUUCAAUUACCCACCCACAAUGAGGCCCCAGGCGCGCCCUUGCCUGCAUCCAAUCGCCGGGAAGAGGAAGAGGGUUUCUUUGCCUUGAGUCGUUGGGAUCGGAUGCUCAUAUUUGGCGCCUGUAACUUGGGUGCCGCCGUCUGCUUCAUGAUAUGCUUCUUCCUGUUUCCAGUUCUCUCGCUCAAGCCCCGCAAAUUCGCCGUUCUAUGGUCUGUCGGUUCAGUCCUGUUUUUGCUAUCAUGGGCAGUCCUCAUGGGACCCUGGUCUUACGCUAGACAUUUGGUCUCGGGACCACGGUUGCCCUUCACGGCAGCAUACUUUGGAUCGAUCGGACUUACAUUGUACUUUGCUAUUGGGCUCCAAAACCUCUUCCUCACGCUCAUCUCCUCCAUCUUCCAGCUCGCCGCCCUGGUCUGGUAUCUGGUCAGUUAUUUCCCCAUGGGCAGUACCGGUCUGCAGUUCAUGGGCCGUUUCGGUGCGUCGCGAGUUUCUGCUUGGAUUUCUGGUUGA